AUGAGGAUUGUGGACCUGGGGAAAAGAUGGUGGAAGGGGAAGAUGGAUGCCCAGGAUUCAGGUGUUGGGGAAAAGGAGGAGGAGGACAGCGAUGCGCUGCUCCGACAAUUUCGUGCCAAGCUCGACACCAUCGGCGUCCCCUACCAGUGGCCCGUCGCGCGGACCGGCGGCGUCGGCGGCGAUGGCCCCAUCAUCGCGCUCCGGGAGGACAUGGACGCACUCCUGGUGCAGUCAUCCCCCCUCCUCGUCUUGACCUUCUGCCUCGCUCUCGCCUCGGCGUCGGCGUGGGCGGCGGCGGCGGGGGAUGACGACCUCCUGGCGGCGGCGCGCGAGCCGGGGAUGGCCGAGUGGCUGCGCGGCGUGCGGCGGCGGAUCCACCGGCACCCCGAGCUGGCGUUCGAGGAGGUCCGCACCAGCGAGCUCGUCCGCGCCGAGCUCGACGCCAUCGGCGUCCCCUACCAGUGGCCCGUCGCGCGCACCGGCGUCGUCGCCACGAUCGCCGGCGGCGGCGGCGGCGAUGGCCCCGUCGUCGCGCUCCGGGCGGACAUGGACGCGCUCCCCGUGCAGGAAUUGGUAGAUUGGGAACACAAGAGCCAGGAAAACGGGAAAAUGCAUGCUUGCGGCCAUGAUGCUCACACUGCAAUGCUUCUGGGAGCAGCCAAGCUACUUCAGAAACGCAAGAACGAACUCAAGGGCACUGUAAAGCUGGUGUUCCAGCCAGCAGAGGAGGGGAGCGCAGGUGCCUACUAUGUUCUUCAGGAAGGCGUCCUCGACGACGUGUCGGCGAUGUUUGGGAUGCACGUCGAUCCGGCUCUUCCGGUGGGCGUGGUUGCAGCCAGGCCUGGGCCAUUCGCCGCAACGUCAGGCAGGUUCUUGGCAACUAUCACUGGAAAGGGUGGCCAUGCUGCAUUCCCCCAUGACGCCAUUGAUCCUGUUGUCGCUGCAUCCAAUGCCAUCCUCAGCCUUCAGCAGAUUGUCGCCCGCGAAAUCGAUCCCCUCCAGGGCGCGGUGGUAUCCAUCACCUUUGUGAAAGGAGGAGAAGCUUACAAUGUUAUUCCUCAGUCUGUGGAGUUUGGUGGCACCAUGAGGAGCAUGACUGAUGAGGGUUUAGCAUAUCUAAUGAAGAGGAUCAAAGAGAUAGUGGAAGGGCAGGCGGCGGUGAACCGGUGCGGCGGCGGCGUGGACUUCAUGGAGGAGUCGAUGCGGCCGUACCCGGCGGUGGUGAACGACGAGGGGAUGUACGCGCACGCGCGGGCGUCGGCGGAGCGGCUGCUGGGCGCCGGCGGCGUCCGCGUGGCACCGCAGCUGAUGGGCGCCGAGGACUUCGGGUUCUACGCGGCGCGGAUGCCCAGCGCCUUCUUCACCAUCGGCGUCGGCAACGCCACCACCAGCAGCGCCCGGGCGGCGCACACCACGCACUCCCCGCACUUCGUCAUCGACGAGGCCGCACUCCCCGUCGGCGCCGCGGUCCACGCCGCCGUCGCCAUCGACUACCUCUCCAAGCACGCGUCGUCCAUGUGAAGAAUUAAGGAUCAGUGUGUGCUUGUGCAUGCAUGUGCGUGAGGCAAAGAAGUAUCGUUUGGUGGUCAUAGGUACAGUAUGUGUAGAGGAUACGUAGCAUGCGUACACAUUCUCGCCAUACAUAGGGCAUGUGCUAUAUUUUAGUGCAAAAAUUCUAUUGUUUCUCAAAAUAUAGGUUAAAUGAGAUAUAAAAUACCUCGUUAAGUUUACGAAGGACCUCAAUAUAGAGGAGACGACAACCGCGGAUUUCCAGAAUACUUUUAUAAGGAAUGAUCAUUGAAUGUGUAUUCUUUCUA